GAAUCACAAGAUGUCUCCGUACAGACCACCAAGCUCAUUGAGGACAUCAUCCGAGAACAAGUCAUCCACAUGCUCAAAACAGCCAGCGACCUCGCCGCCCGCCGCAGCUCCCGCGUCUUCUCCAAUAACGGCCUAAUCUUCCAAGUGCGCCAUGACAAAGCCCGCGCCGAACGUCUCCGCAUCUUCCUUAUCUGGAAAGCCAUCCGCAGAACCGUCAAAGACUCUGACGAAAAAGAAGGCUUCGUCGACGAAGUCGAUAUGGAAGAAAAUGUCGCCGCUCCCACAGACGAUGCACCCGCCGGCGGCAAGGCCAGGCUACCUACCGUCACACUCCCAUGGGACGCGGCAUCCUACUUUUCCGAACAAGUCACCGAGGCGAGCCAGGAGGAUCUGGUGGAUAUCACCAGCAGCGAGGCGGGCGCUGGAGAAGCUGAGGAGGAAUGAUGACCGGACGAGGGAUAUGACCGUUGCGGAGUACGCGACGUGGUCAGAGUACCGUCACGCGUCGCUGACCUACCGCAAGGCCAAGAGGUUUCGAGAAUGGUGCGGGCUAGGCGUGAUUGCAGAGAAUAAGCCCAGUGACGAUGUGAUGGAUAUUCUGGGGUUCUUGACGAGUGAAAUGGUGCAAAACUUGACUGCGCAGGCACUCAGGGUCCAAAAGCAAGAGGCCCUCCUCCUUCUCGGCAAGGGGACGGCGGUAGCUGGGGAAGAGAGGGGCUUGGUGGCGGGCUUGGGUGGGUUAUUCGCUGAACCGGAGGGUCUUAGGAAGGCGGUUGACGUGAGGCAUGUCCGGAUGGCGUUCCAGCAAUUGCAGGGGAGACCGAAGAAGAGUCGGGCGUUGUUGAAUAGGACUCGACUUUCGCAGCCAUCUACGUUGAGACUUGUGAGUAUUGCUCCGUGCCCUGGCUGGGUUGAUGG